CCUUAGAAAGAAAAAGAGAAUACAUACACGGACAAGGAAAAAAAAAACAAAAAGGAAAAAACUGGAAAAAACCAAAACCAAAACUUGAGAGAAAGAAAAGGAAAACACAACACACACAGCCACAAACCAAAAAUGGUAGAAAGAAACAAAAAGAAAAAGAAAAGGGUCGAAGUGGUGAGGUUUUCGUUCGAGUUUUCAGACGUCUUGCGUGCUUGUUUUAAUUAGAUCAUUAUACAGAGAAAGCCUGACAGGAAUAGCUUCUGAAUGGUUUAUUGACCAAGUAUUUCCCGUUGGCACAUGUGGGAUGACAUGGCUCAGAAUUUCGUUCAACAAUUUCAAUAUAACAUCGAGAUAGUACCAGAUCGCAUUACGCUUGCCAACAUGAGAAAAAAGAUGACUGAAAAUUUUCAAGAAUAUGUUGUCAGAUGGAGAGAGCAGGCUUCAAGAGUCAGACCAUCGAUAAAGGAAUUUGAAAUGAUCGAUAUCUUUUUGCAAGCACAAGAACAUAAUUAUUUCCAUCAUUUACUUUCUACUAUUGGAAGAACAUUUGCUGAAGUUAUUAAAGUUGGAGAGAUGGUAGAGAAUGGAAUAAAAUCUGGAAAGAUCAUCAGCCAAGCCUCUUUGAAAGCAACAACACAGGAAAUUCAAAGUGGUUCAAGAAGCUUUAGUGGAAACAAAAGAAAAGAGGAUGUAGCAACUGUUGUGCCAGGUACACGACAAAAUUGGAGCGGUGCGCAUCAACCAUACGCACAAAAUCCAUUAUGUUUCAUUUCAUCCCCUCAGUAUCCUAGUUGUAAUGCACAUCCAUAUGUCCGAACCCUUUCUUACCCACAAUGGCGUGCACCAACCCCUCAGAAUCAUCUUCUAAUUUCAGUAACAUACCCAAGCCCCUCUAGAUUCGAUUUUCGCUCGAAGUCAAACAAUGAAAAGAAACAGAAGCUAAGGGAUAAUUUCACACCAAUUGGAGAAUCAUAUACUAGAUUAUUCCAGAAAUUGAGACAAAAGGACAUGAUCACUUCUCUUCUUGGGUACACCCCUGAUCCAUAUUCAAGGAAUUUUGAUCCUAAUGUACGAUGUGUAUAUCAUUUUGAUGUUCAGGAUCAUAGUACUGAAGAUUUUCGGGCAUUAAAAAGAGAAAUAGAAAGAAUGAUUCAAGAUAAAUUAAUUAUAGUGUAGGACAUUGAUAGUGGUGAAGGAUCUAGUCAUGCUGAAGUGGGAACUGAAGAAGAUGUGAAUCUCAACAAUUGAGAAGUCACUCCCCUCCGUCCUAGAAAGAAUUGUGAAAGUUUAUUUUGUUUUUCUUUCUGAUAUCCGAAUAAUUUAAAGAUUGUAGUUCGGAGUCUAUCUUGUUUUUUCUAUAUGUCAUUUAUGUUGAAACUUGGUCAUCUUUUCUUUAACAAAAUGUAGUAUCCCUUUUAUUCAUUUAUUGUAUUUUAUUUUAUUUUAUUUAACUUUAUUUUAAUAUAUAUAUUAUUUGUUCG